CUCCAACGGCGAGGAUUUUUUCAAUAGCCCAUAUUAAACGUUUCGCAACCCUCCCCUCUUCCUCCUCUAUUCUCUCUCAGGAACCGAGUAGGCGACUGAGAGCUCUCUUCCUCUUUUCUGCUCAUCUUCUCUCUGGAACUUGUCUGCUGAAGUGCCAUUUCUCCGGUGAACUUUAAGAGCAGUCAAGAUGGUGAAGUUUACAGCAGAGGAACUUAGGAGGAUUAUGGACUUGAAACAUAACAUUAGGAAUAUGUCUGUCAUUGCUCACGUCGACCAUGGCAAGUCGACCCUUACUGAUUCUCUGGUGGCAGCAGCCGGUAUCAUUGCACAAGAAGUUGCAGGGGAUGUUCGGAUGACGGAUACCCGCCAGGAUGAAGCAGAGCGUGGAAUCACCAUUAAAUCUACUGGCAUCUCUCUUUAUUAUGAGAUGGCAGAUGAAUCUCUGAAGAGCUUCAAGGGUGAGCGUCUUGGGAACGAGUAUCUGAUCAAUCUUAUCGAUUCCCCUGGGCACGUUGACUUUUCUUCUGAGGUCACAGCCGCGCUACGAAUUACUGACGGUGCAUUAGUCGUCGUAGAUUGUGUUGAAGGUGUUUGUGUUCAGACAGAGACUGUUCUCCGACAGGCACUGGGAGAAAGGAUCAGGCCUGUCUUGACUGUCAACAAGAUGGAUCGCUGUUUCCUCGAGCUUCAGGUGGAUGGUGAGGAAGCCUAUCAGACCUUCCAACGAGUCAUCGAAAAUGCCAAUGUCAUUAUGGCAACCUAUGAAGAUCCACUUCUUGGUGAUGUUCAGGUCUACCCUGAGAAGGGUACUGUUGCAUUCUCUGCUGGUCUGCAUGGAUGGGCCUUCACUCUGACCAAUUUCGCCAAAAUGUAUGCCUCAAAAUUUGGAGUCGAUGAAUCCAAGAUGAUGGAGAGGCUUUGGGGUGAGAAUUUCUUUGACCCAGCCACCAAGAAAUGGACCACCAAGAACACGGGUUCCCCUACCUGCAAGCGUGGCUUUGUUCAGUUCUGUUAUGAACCCAUCAAGCAGAUCAUCAACACUUGCAUGAAUGAUCAGAAGGACAAGCUAUGGCCUAUGCUGCAGAAGCUUGGGGUUACAAUGAAGGCUGAUGAGAAGGAACUGAUGGGGAAGGCAUUGAUGAAACGUGUCAUGCAGACUUGGCUGCCGGCAAGCAGUGCCCUUCUUGAAAUGAUGAUUUUCCACCUUCCAUCACCUGCCAAAGCACAGAGAUACCGUGUUGAGAAUCUGUACGAGGGCCCUCUUGAUGACAUUUAUGCUAACGCUAUUAGAAACUGUGACCCGGAGGGUCCUCUCAUGCUCUACGUUUCAAAGAUGAUUCCGGCGUCAGACAAAGGCAGGUUCUUCGCCUUUGGUCGGGUUUUUGCUGGGAAGGUCUCGACUGGUUUGAAGGUUAGAAUCAUGGGUCCCAACUACGUUCCGGGCCAGAAGAAGGAUUUGUAUGUUAAGAGUGUGCAGAGGACUGUUAUUUGGAUGGGGAAGAAGCAAGAGUCAGUUGAGGAUGUGCCUUGCGGGAACACAGUUGCUCUGGUCGGAUUGGAUCAAUUCAUCACCAAGAAUGCCACUCUGACAAAUGAGAAAGAAGUGGACGCACAUCCCAUCAGGGCGAUGAAGUUCUCUGUCUCACCGGUUGUACGUGUUGCCGUUCAAUGCAAGGUUGCAUCAGACCUUCCCAAGCUUGUUGAAGGGCUGAAGCGACUGGCCAAAUCAGACCCCAUGGUUGUUUGCACGAUCGAAGAAUCUGGUGAGCAUAUCGUUGCAGGUGCUGGAGAGCUCCACCUCGAGAUUUGCUUGAAGGACUUGCAGGAAGAUUUCAUGGGUGGGGCUGAGAUUCUUGUUUCGGAUCCUGUCGUCUCUUUCCGUGAGACGGUGCUUGAGAAGUCAGUUAGGACUGUAAUGAGCAAGUCCCCGAACAAGCACAAUCGUCUCUACAUGGAAGCCCGUCCCUUGGAAGAUGGGCUUGCUGAAGCCAUUGACGAGGGGCGUAUUGGCCCUAGGGAUGACCCAAAAGCCCGCUCAAAGAUCCUAUCUGAAGAGUUCGGGUGGGACAAGGAUCUUGCCAAGAAGAUCUGGUGUUUUGGACCUGAAACUACUGGCCCAAAUAUGGUUGUUGACAUGUGCAAGGGAGUUCAGUACCUGAAUGAAAUCAAGGAUUCUGUUGUGGCUGGGUUCCAAUGGGCAUCAAAGGAAGGAGCAUUGGCUGAAGAAAACAUGCGGGGUAUAUGCUUUGAGGUCUGUGACGUUGUUCUUCAUGCUGAUGCAAUCCACAGGGGCGGUGGACAGAUCAUCCCGACAGCAAGAAGGGUCAUAUAUGCCUCCCAGCUGACUGCGAAACCCAGGCUUUUGGAGCCUGUCUAUUUGGUGGAGAUACAGGCACCUGAACAAGCGCUUGGUGGCAUCUAUGGCGUCCUGAACCAGAAACGUGGUCAUGUCUUUGAGGAAAUGCAGAGGCCUGGCACGCCUCUUUACAACAUCAAGGCGUACCUGCCUGUCAUUGAGUCGUUUGGGUUCUCAGGGACUUUGAGGGCAGCAACAUCUGGACAGGCCUUCCCACAGUGCGUGUUUGAUCACUGGGACAUGAUGUCGUCUGAUCCAUUGGAGUCGGGAUCGCAGGCGGGGCAGUUGGUGGCUGAUAUCCGAAAGAGGAAGGGUCUGAAGGAGCAGAUGACACCCCUUUCUGAAUUCGAGGACAAGCUCUGAGGAGUCUGAUUGGCAAUGGAGAGAGAUUCAAGUAGUAGGUAAGUUGGUGUCCAUUUUGUCUGUUUUUUUUUUUUGUUCUUGUUUGGUUCAGAUGCUGCCAGUCUCUGUUGGCUAAGUGGCUGUUUUUGAUCCAGAGUUUCGUCUGUCUACAUGUUCUUCCAAGGGGAUGAGGAUAUAUACUCUGUUUUACCUAACUUUUUUUUAUUUUUUUAAAUUUGUGAUUCUGUUUUGUUUUGAACAAACUUUUUACGGGAUUUAUGCUUUUUAGGAAGGAAUGUUGUUUUUAUAAAUCCUGCUUAUGAAAUGUUGCUUUUGUUA